AUGUCAUUGAAGGUGCAGACGAGUAACAUCACGAACAAGAAUGACCCCAAGUCCAUCAACUCCAGAGUCUUCAUUGGCAAUCUCAACACAGCCGUGGUCAAGAAGUCGGAUGUGGAGACCAUCUUCUCCAAGUACGGCCGAGUGGUGGGCUGCUCCGUGCACAAGGGCUACGCCUUCGUACAGUACUCCAAUGAGAGGCACGCGCGUGCUGCUGUCCUGGGUGAGAAUGGGCGCGUGCUUGCUGGCCAGACGCUGGAUAUCAACAUGGCCGGGGAACCUAAACCCAACAGACCUAAAGGGCUGAAGAGAGCAGCCUCCGCGUUGUACAGUGGCUACGACUUCGACUAUGACUAUUACAGAGAUGACUUCUAUGACAGGCUCUUCGAGUACCGGGGCCGAGUCUCCCCAGUGCCCAGAGUGGUUCCUGUGAAGCGGCCACGGGUCACCAUCCCCCUUGUCCGGCGCGUGAAGGCAACGCUCCCCGUCAAGCUCUUCGCCAGGUCGGCUGCCAUCGCCAACAGCUCGGCCAAGUUGAAGU